AUGGACGCGGCCAACGGGGCCGUGCCCGAGGGCGCGGCGGAGCAGCCCCGCGGCCCCGCGGCCGCCCCGUCGGGCAGGAAGGAGGUGAAGGUGGUGAUCGUGGGCGACGGAGGCUGCGGGAAGACGUCGCUGCUGAUGGUGUACGCCAAGGGCUCCUUCCCCGAGCAAUACGCGCCCUCUGUUUUUGAGAAGUACACGACGAGUGUGACGGUGGGGAAGAAGGAGGUCACCCUGAACCUGUACGACACCGCAGGGCAGGAGGACUACGACCGGCUGCGGCCCCUUUCCUACCAGAACACCAACGUGGUGUUAAUUUGUUACGAUGUCAUGAACCCCACCAGCUAUGAUAAUGUAGCAGCCAAGUGGUACCCUGAGGUGAAUCACUUCUGCCGGGGCGUCCCGCUGGUGCUGAUCGGCUGCAAGACCGACCUGCGCAAGGACAAGGAGCAGCUGCGCCGCCUCAGGGCUGCCAGGCAGGAGCCCAUCACCUACAACCAGGGUGAGGCAGCUUGCAAGGAGAUUAAUGCACAAAUUUACCUGGAAUGCUCAGCAAAAUGUCGUGAGAACAUAGAAAAUGUUUUUAAAGAAGCCACAACCAUUGCACUGAGUGCCAUGAAGAAAGCCAAGGGCCACAGGAAACGGAAAGUGUGCUCAGUGUUAUGAUCUGGACUGCACGAGAGCCAAGUGAUUCAGAUUUCAUACAAGUUUCACUUUAAAAACUUUUUUGAAAACAUGUUUGUAUUCCUAGGAUAAUUUUUGUUUUGAAAUUUUAAUUAUUUUUAGUAUUUUUGCACUUUUGUUAUACUGUUCUCACAGAAUUUUCAAAGCUGUUUAUCACAGUUAACUCAUGCUGUGUGCCUUCACCCAUCUGGCUUUUGCUUCUAAGUGUGAACAACUCACUAUUUAAACUGCAAUGAACAGCAACUGCUACUAUAGAACUUAGUGUUGGAGUUUUUCUUCCUCUGCAAAAUAAUUGUGGCAUCUUAGAACUACCAUUUACUGCCUUUUUCCAGUAGUAAACUCACAGCUUUCAGCAGCAAUGUUAAAGCAGCUUAUCAGGCAGAAGAAGAGACAGAAGAAGUUUUAUAUUAAAAUUUCCAAGUUAAUUUCUUGGUGGCAAUGGCAGGAGUUGGCCUCAAGCUGCCCCCUGAGUGCACAUGGAACAUCCACCACCCCCUGGAGCAGCUCUACAGACCUGCACCUCAGAGUUCUUCAAGGCCUGCUGCUGGAAUGGAAAGUGGAAAUACAUUUAGCAGUGGAAAUACAUCAGUUGCUCCAAUUAAAUAAUGGAGUGUCAUGGGAAACAGUUAAUUUACAGCACUCAAAUUUAGAAGUACUCCAAGCAGCUACUACAUGCAAUGUUAAGUCAAUCUUGUGAUAAACAUUUACAGCCUAUUUAAUACAAGACAGAUGCAAAUCCUGGUGCACACUGGAGGAAAAAUUCAUUCACUUGUGAAAUCAUCUCUGCUGGUACAAAUUAAAAUUUUCCCUUUUGUGA